AUGAAAUUCUCAACCACCCCUAUCCUCCUUACUUCCCUCGCACUCUCCUCAACAGCAACAUUCGGUGCGCCCCUUCCUCCUGUACCCAACUCGAAUUUCAACGGUAAUGCCGCUCUGGACGUUGGAACAAACUCGAAACUUAGAUCACCUAAUCCAAAUACUGAAGAUUAUACAGAUUCGCCUAGACCCGGUGGAGGAGGUGGCGGAGAUGCAUCACCUUUACUUGGUAUAGGGGUGAAUACGUUGGGGUUGGAUGUCGAUUUAGCCAAUUAUCGAAAUACGAACGGCCCCGUGAAUACUAAUGGUGGAUUGGGAUUGGACGUCAAUCUUGGUGGAAGAGGGGGAGGGGGGUUGAUAGGUAUGGGAGGGAUGGGAAGACCAAAUAAAAGACAACUCCCCUCGGUGCCCUCGGUGCCCUCCAUUCCCUCGCCUUCCAAUCCCCUUAUCCCAGCUAACGCCGGUCUACCUAUCCCCACAUCCGUACCUAUGAUUCCCCAAGCUGCUAGAUCUGGAGGGGAUAUCACAGGCUUACCUCAAGGUGUCACUACACAAGCUUUCGGUCAAGCUAGUAGUACACUAGGUGGAGUCACUGGUCAAGCUACAGGAUUACUCGGUGGAAUACCCCUAGUAGGUAGUGUAUCAGGUGGUGGUGGUAAUCCCAUUCAAGGUCUUACAGGCUCUGUAGGCGGCUUGACGAACGGUCUACCUCUUCAAGGAUUGACCGGAACACUUGGUGGGUUAACGAAUGGAUUGCCAUUACAUGGAUUGACAGGGACCGUUGGAGGUUUGACCAAUGGAUUACCCAUACAGGGAUUACUAGGAGGAUUGACUUCUGGUUCGCCACUUCAAGGUAUCACUGGAGCAGUCGGCGGUCUGACAAACGGACUUCCUCUUCAAGGUAUAACUGGGACAGUGAAUGGAUUAACCAAUGGUCUUCCUAUUCAAGGACUCACCAAUACGGUUGGGAGUCUUACGGGUGGACUUCCAUUGCAAGGUCUGACUGGUACAAUCAAUGGGUUGACUGCUGGAUUACCUCUUCAAGGAGUUACGUCGACAGUUGGAGGAUUGACGAAAGGUCUACCUGUACAAGAUCUUACGUCCACGGUACAAGGGUUGACUUCCAAUGGACCUCUCUCGGGGGUCACUCAGCCGAUUAAUGGAAUUGUAGGGUCUUUAGAUACUAGCAAUCCCACAGGUGUCAUCAAUAACCUCUCUCAAGACGUCAAUGGUACAGCCGCUGGCUCGACACUAGGCAAUAUUGUCCAAUCCCUCGGAUCUAACACCUAUUUAUUAUCCACCGGACAAAUUCUCAAACUUACCUCAGACGUAUCUACCACUACUGGAACGUCUUCAAGCACCGCACCCGUUUUGAAUGGUUUGAGGACUAUCGAAGUAGAAGGUAAAAUGUAUAUUAUCAACCCACUCGGACAGCUAGUCGGUACUCUCACUUCACCAACUUCGACAGUAGGAUUAUACAACGACCCAUCUCAUUCUUUUACGGGUGAUGAUGGCAGUGCCGAUCAACAGGAUAACGGAGAUAAUAACGAUACGGAUGGAUGGAAUAGUCCUUAUCCCUCGUUACUUCCCCUCGCGUCUCAACCCGACGCUAUAGAUCUAGUAGCUCAAUCGAUGAAAGGAUAUGAACCUCCUAAACCUUAUCUUUCUUCAUCCACAUCCACAUCCACACCAUCCGCAGGGGACGGCGCUACUCAAGAUGGGAGUGAUACCGACACUGAGUCAUUAUCUCAAGUUAUCCCUCAACCUGAUAGUACAUGGGGACAAAUGACCGGUUCAAGAAUGACUACCUCUCUUCCUAUCCCCAUACCCACUGAUCCAAUCACCGCUAUACCCACAGCCACGCCAGCCCCGGGUACAACUAUCACCUCAACUGCAACUGCGACUGCUACACUUACGCCUGCUGAAGGAUGGGGUGAGUGGGUCACUGGUGUACCGACUGCUUCACCCACUGCGUACGGCAACUCGAAUGGAGAUUGGGAUCAUGGUGCGGUAGGAAGUGAGAUGGUCCCUCAGACUAGUAGUGGUUUGGCUUAG